AUGGAGCCAGCUAAGAGCACCACAUCGCAAGCUCAGGAGUCGACCUUCCUCAGCCUAACACCGUUCCAUUCAACUGCGCCGGUCUCUGAGACCCCGAACAAGACGUCACUGUCCCCAGCAUUGGAAAACCUGGAAGCCAUCGAACCCGUGGCCAAGGUCCAAAGGUCGGGCAGCGACAGCAGCACCAGCAGCACAGACUCCACGACAAGCGGCUUCUUGAGGCUGGCUCCGGUUGACCGCGUGGAGUGA